AUGUUCUCCUUCUUCGGCUGGGGCUCCAACUCCAGCUCCCAACCUCAAUCCCAAACAUCUCCUGAGAAAUCACAAAUCCAACACCAAGAAGCUUCACACCAUGACGAGUCGAAGCGCACAACACCCUCGUCAAGGUCCAAUCUCCCCGCGCCUAUCGCCUCACAAACACAAGCACCACCGUCCACCCGAUCCGACAAUACCAACCUCAAACUCUUCUACGGCGGCAUCGCAUUCUUCGCACUCUCCGUCUUCGUUACCCGUCGAGCCAGUCUGAAAAAGCGACUCGCCUGCAUCCCUCCAUAUUACUCCAGCUCGGUAUACCACCAACCCAGCGUGAACGGAGCAAUGGAGGCGUUUGAGGCGCUGAACUUGGCCACGCUUAAUGUCAUUUCGUUCGGAAUGAUGGCUACCGGGGGUGUCAUGUGUGCUCUGAAUGUGAAUGGGGUGGAAGAUAUGCGGAAACUCAUGCGUAGCUCAUUGGAUGAUGCCGCGGCGGGGAAAUCGGACGAUGAGUUGGAAAAGGAUGUCGUUGAGUGGGUGUCGAGUGUGCUGGGAGAUCGAUUUGAGAAGCAAUUGGAAAAGGAAAAGGCGAAAAAACGGACGUCAGGGUCAAGUGGGGAAAAUGAGUGA